GGGAAAGUGCUGAGCAUGCGCACUCGGACAGGUCCAAACUAAAUGCGUCAACUUCAGAUUCUGAACUAUACUUUUUACGUAUUUGGGCGCUUUUAGGACAUGAGAGAAGAUGAAUGAGGAUGCAUUCGAGGUCCCGGAGAGGACCGAGUACCGCUACCUGGUGCAGGAGGACGAUGAGGAGGAAGUGCAGUACGUCCGUCGCCGGCACUACAUCAGCCCCUUCCUGGUGCUGUCCAAACGCUGCAUCUUCCUCAUCUGCCUGGGUGUGCUCGCCCUGCUCGCUCUCGCCGCCUACCUGGGCUACAUGGCACAGACUCCGCCGCCAGGACUGGUCCAGGUGUUGACAGACUGCGGGCAGUUCAGAGGAAAACACAAAAAUGGAGCCUACUCCUUUAAGGGCAUUCCUUAUGCUGCUCCACCCGUUGGUAACCUGCGCUGGGCUCCUCCGUCCGAUCCUUCGUGCAAGCAGGGCGUGACGGACGCCACCCGCUUCCGCAGCAUAUGCCCUCAGGUGCAGCCGAUGUCAAGCACGGGAAAGGUGAUGGGCCAGGAGGACUGCCUCUUCAUCAAUGUGUGGACCCCCACGCUCCAGCCUGACGCCAAGCUGCCCGUCAUGGUCUGGAUCCACGGAGGAUACCUGCAGAUGCUCAGUGGGGGGGAGCCAGGAUACUCGCCCACAGAGAAGCUCGCUGCUGACACUAAUGUCGUUUAUGUCAGCUUUAACUACAGACUCAACGCUUUAGGCUUCCUGGCUUUGAAGGUGCUGAGAGAAGGUUCUCCAAGAAACACCUCAGGGAACUAUGGUUUCCUGGACCAGAUCGCAGCUCUGAAGUGGGUCCAGAGGAACAUCCGUGGCUUUGGAGGAGAUCCUGGAAAAGUCACAAUAUUUGGACAGAGUUCAGGUGGGACUUCGGUGUGGACCUUAAUGACCUCCCCGCUGGCCAGAGGUCUGUUUCACGCCGCCGUGGACAUGAGUGGCUCAUACAUACUCAAUGCGACGCUGGAAAAAGCCGAAACGGACAACCUGGUGUUCCUGAAGAAGACUGGGUGCAAAGAUCUGGCUUGCCUGCGAGGUCUCUCCAUGCGACAUGUCCUCCAGGCCAUCCCGUGGGAGGAGUACCCAUCCUGGGGAGCAAAUGAUUUAACCGACCUCCCCACUAGAGGGCGUUUCAUCGGGCCAGUUGCAGUGGUAGAUAGAUACGUCCUGGAAGCUCCACCUUUUGAGGUUUGGGAGAAAAAGGGAAACUUCAGCGACGUACCGUUUGUCAUCGGGACGACAGAGCAGGAGGCUGACUUCAGUCCUCCAGUUGCAAACAUCUCUGAGUGGACCUGGGGGGACUACAGCUGGUUUGUAACAGAAAAGCUUCGGUCCUUCAGUCAGGAUCUCCCCAAAGAUGCUUUGGAUCUGUACCCGCCCUCAGCCCCCUGUCCGACCAGAGACCGCUGUCCAGAGAGGGCCUACACCACCAUGGUGUCUGACAUCAGAGCAACCUGUCCCAACAACGACCUGGCCUGGAGGGCUGCAGAGGCUCUCAGCAGUCCAGUUUAUCGCUACGUGGUAACGCAUACUCCAUCCGGAUCGGUCAACACAUCCUACGGGCUGCUGCCAUUUCCCAGCCGCUUCUCCUUCCACUCUCUGGAUGUUCUGGCUUUCUUUGGAGGAAUGGACUUCUUCCUGCCCAAACCUCUCUCUGAUCAGGACCAGGGCUUCCAGGAUCUCUUCACACGACACCUGGUCAACUUUGCCAAAACAGGAAAGAUGGAGGCAGCCUGGCCUGAGUACCCAGCAGCCAUUGCUCUGCUGUCCGACAACCUGGAGGUGAAGCCAAACUUGUCCACUCGCUGCGAGCUUUGGAGGAAGAGCGGUCUGUUUGCCUAUGCCUGGAUGAACUGAGCCCAUCGUGCGAUUCUCUGCCACAUCACGUGGAGUUUUAACCUCAGUGAGAACCCACAUCUUGUUGGGUUAAAUUUGAUUUCUCUGCACCCUAACAGCCAUUUAGAAGCCACUUCAGCAGAUGUUAGUUUUACCAAUCUGACCAAAUCUGUCUUACUAGUUUGGGUGAAAUUAUUCUUCCGCAGGCAUCGGUCUGCCUGAUGUAACUGAACUUGCUUGAAGACCAAAGAAAAGUGGGAGAUGUCCGCCAGAAAUAAUAGGAUUCAGGUUUUGAAAAGUUAGAAGAUAAAGAGAACGAAAGGUCAAGAUGCACAAUAUUGCCAGAAGUAUUCGUCUACUUCUACAUGUACGUGAACUUGGAUGACAUCCUGUUCUCAAUCUAUGAGGUCCAGUUUGUUGAUGGACCCACCAUUGCCAGCAGUAGAACUUUUACCUAUUCUGUAAGCAUCUUCCUCACCCCAAAUGUGUCCGAGAAGGUUGAGGUCAGGACUCUGCAGGCAUGUCAAGGUUCUCCACACCUGCAGCCAUGGAAGUCAUUGGAGCAACAGAAUUCAUUGAUUUGGUAAUGGGACCCAAAACGUUUGGCAAAUUAGUCUAUUUGGGAAGCUGUCAAUUUAUAGAGGGAAAUUCUGACAUAAUCUAUUUCCAAAUUCAUAAGGGAAUAAAACAAUCCCAAUAGUUCUCUACUGACCAUAAUCAUGUUUUAAAGUCAACUUUUCAGGCUGAACCAGAGAUAUCUGCUGGUUGUCUACCUGUAAAGGUGAUCGUAACCUUGCUGAAGGUUUUAGGGUUUAAAGUGCUGGUCAGACAGAGCUUCACAGGUUUUAUUUUCUUUUUCAUUUGAUUUUGAAAUGAAUGUUUGUGAUCAAAUAUUUAUGUCCAAUCUGGAAUCAAACCUUGAAAUAAUAACCAUGCCUUGCCUGUAGGGGGCGAUAAAUCAAAAUACAAGAGAUCAUCUGAGGGAUGCUGCCGUUUAGUAUUAUUUUUAUUUACAUUUUUGCUAAUUAAAUAAAUAUUAACUCCCCUUCAACCACCUAGACAACAAAUAAAUAUGUUCCUGAAUGAAUUAAUAAAAAAAACUCUAAAGAAACAGAAAGUAAAUGUACAUACGAUGACAUCAGACUUUAUUUAAAGUUAUUUAAACUGUUGCUUUUGAAACACUUUGUCUUUUUUUGAAGGUUUUAAAGAAGGUGUUCCAGUUGGUGUGACACACUGGAGCUGGACAUAAGCAACAUGAUUUAAAUGUGCAAAACUCUAACAGAAGACGAGGAAAGGAAUUUGUGCUGGAGUAAAUAUGGACGAAUUUGACCACACUGCACUAAUUAUCUCCUAAAACUGCAGAUAAUUUAACCACUCAAGCAGAGAGAACACUGUGAAGAAGCUUUUUUACAAACGUUUUACACUUCACACCUGCUCUCCAUCUCAGUCCUUCCUCCCAUGUCAGAUCACAGGCAAAGCUGUGGAGUCUUAUCUACAAAUAAAAUAAGUCAUUCAAACAAGAAUGAAAACGGGUCAAAAUAAGAUGUAAAUGUAAAAUCCAAAUGUAGGUUAUAGGCUAUAUACUGUCUAUAAACAGAACACAGAGAUGAUAGAAAUAUGCGGUCAUUUAUGAUUCUUUCAGCCAAAUGCAGGUUUAGGUUAAUCUGAGCCAAUCUCACCCAGAAGUUUUAUUAAAAAGACAGAUUUUAAAUCAGACUUUAGAGACAGAAAGUGUCCAGGUAGAGGAGCCUGAGCACCCUCUCAUUACAUUCAGACCCUGAAGCUCUGGGAAGCCACUCCUGCAUUCGGAUAAUGGAUGACAGCUUCAGAACAUCUGAAACAUAUGAUAGGUUCUGUUUCCUUGGAGCUUCGUCGGUGUGAAGAAGAGAUUUUGAAAUGUGCAGAGAGCCGCUUCAGAGAUUUCUGCACUGAAAUUAAAUGCUCUUUAUGAUUUCUUUCUAAUCUUCACUGCAGCUGCAGACAUUUGGCAUGAGUUGAAUAAUUUUGGACCACCAGCUAUAAAUUCAGACCCGAUUUCAUAGUUCCCAAACAUAUAAAACAAUGCAGAUUUUUUUUUUUUUUUGUAAUAAGUAAUAAAAUCUGAGAAACUGAAUAUUUAGUGACAUUUUUUCCUCAGAGUUGUACAUCUUCUCUUUGUAAAUAUCUUUGUGUGCAUCCUAAUGACCAGUACAGACACAACAUAACAUUUUUUUCCCAUUUAGUUUUUUAGAUUUGGCCCAUUUUUAGAAACUGCUCCCAGUUUCUUCAAACCAGGAAGGUUCUGCUUUAAACUAAACAUGUUGAGAUGUUAUCCUCUAAUCUCCUCGAUUCUGUGGAUAACCGUUAAGGUUUCAGAACUAUAAUAAAAAGAAAAUCCCAAAAGGAUGAUGCUGCCGCUACCGUGCUUCACUGUGAGGGUUGUGUUGCUGUAGUGUUACGUUUGGACCAUUGUAACGGGUUCAAAAGCUUUAUAUUUUCUUUAAACACGGAGUUUAUUGUCUGUCCUUCGUUUAAAAUCUUGUUUUAUGUCCUGUGCCGCCUGUAGAGGCCUCAUGGACGGACUCUUUAAUCUCUGCAGUUCCUUCAGGGUGACCUUCAGCCUCUUUCUGUCCCCUCUCAGAUUAAUGCCCUCCCUGCCUGGUCCAGGAAUUUCUUGGGCUUUUUGCUGUGUUGUGUUGUCUUUUUUUCUAAAAAUGGUUUUAUUAGAGCUCUAAGGGACAUUUAGAGGUGCGGGUACUGAUUUAUAACCAAACUCUAUUCGGCACCUCAGCAGAACUUUGUCCCUGACCCAUUUGGACAGCUUGUUCAGAUCCUCUGUGUGUGAAAUUGUUUGUAUUUCAAUAAAAAAAAAAUUCUUUCUAUUUAAUGAUUAUAAAAGCCAGAUUAAAGGUUGUAAUGUAAUGCAAUGUAACAGGAACUGCUCAGAGGAAGUGAACACUGCUUAAAUAUGUGCUUCAUCUAUUAUGGGAUGGAUUAUUUGUGUGUUUUGGUUUUCAGGAGAUUUUUUUGUAUCUGAAGGCAAAUUUCCGUUUGACUACGGACAUAAAAAUAAGGGGAACAUUUAAAUUUACUAAUAAGUAAUAUUUUUAUGCAGUAUCAAAACAUUUAAGCUUUUUUUUAUGUUCUUUAGGAAACUUUCAGUGAAUCUGUCUGCAGUGGAUUCUUUAAAUCAUGGAAACAGGGAAAAGUGAUGGAUAUGUUCCUGAUCUCUGUUCAGGUUUAUUGGCUUUAUUUUUUUAAUUCUGCUUUUUGCACAGAUUUAUAAACUCGAUGCUCGACCACUACACGUGUUAGCGGUUUCCAGAGAACACGUUUAUAAUGUUUGUUAGAUUAAGUUUACUUGUUUAUGACUCGUUUAGUCGUGACUCAUUUCCUGUUCGAGUCUAACCUCGUUUCUGGUGAAGUUUGCUUUUUUAACCACUUUUAACAGUUUGCGAUCACGUCUUAUUGUGUGUUGAUGGGAGUUUCAUGUUUUCUGUGAUCAAUAAAUGGACAUGAUGUGAAAAUCUCUA